AGAAGGUCCCAGCGUUGAGUGACUGUGAACGGGAACAUCUUCCGCUUCACAGUAGACCAAUUGGACGACGAGGUCUGUGCUCCAUUUGCGCCUUCAGCUGCCGGAGAGAUGGGGAACUCGAAUGGCUGCACCGUGGACGACCUGCAGGCUGUGGAGAUGCACCUGUGGUACAAGAAGUUCAUGACGGAGUGUCCCUCGGGCCAGCUCACCCUGCACGAGUUCAAGCAGUUCUUCGGGCUCAAGGGUCUGGACCAAGAGGCCAACGCCUACAUAGAGCAGAUGUUCCGAACGUUUGACAUGAACAAGGAUGGCUACAUUGACUUCAUGGAGUACGUGGCCGCUCUGAGCCUGGUGAUGCGAGGGAAGAUGGAGCACAAGCUGCGCUGGUAUUUCAAGCUCUACGACGUGGACGGAAACGGCUGCAUCGACCGGCACGAACUCCUGAACAUCAUCAAGGUAGAUGACGUCACGCUGCAUUUUCAUUACUCGUCCUCAACGCAGCAAGCUGACUUUCUCCUCCUCCUCCUCCGCCAGGCCAUCCGUGCAAUCAAUGGGGAUGAAAAUCAGGAAGCAACAGCAGAGGAAUUCACAAACCGCGUCUUUGAUAGGAUUGAUAUAAACGGAGAUGGUGAGCUGUCUUUGGAGGAGUUUGUAGAGGGUGCACGCAGUGACGACGACUUCAUGGAGGUGAUGAUGAAAAGUUUGGACCUUCGCCACAUUGUGACCAUGAUCCACAGCAGGAGGCACAGUGUUUAGGAUCUGUACGCUAAUGAGCUGAUCCCUGAUUUGACCCGAGUGAUUCAGAACGCUGCCUCUGGUAAAACAAAAAAAUAAAAAAGUAUUAUAUAUAGCGAGAUUUCUAUUCAGAUUGAAACCAUCUUAAUGUGAUGGCAGCAAUAUCCUGAGUUAAAUCUCCAAAGGACUGACACACGUGCACUUUAAAUGGGCUGACUCAUUCAAGCCUCAGACUGGUCAUUGUCCUUGUUUAAUGAUGGUGAGCUCUCCCAAGGCCACCCUGGCAUGAAGGAUGAUCCCUCAGACGGACGCCCUGAGGGAUAACGGAGAUAAUAGAGCCCAGUGCCAAUUACACACACCCAACUGCGCUUCACAUUCAUUUCUUCACAUCUCGGUUUAUUUGC